UGGAGAGCUCGGAGUCCCGGCUCGCGGCACACGUUCUCGCGUUUCAGCUCAGUUGCCUCCUGGCAGCCAGGAUCCCAGCUACGUAAGGAAACGCGAGCCAAGAGUUUCUAAGAGACGCAGGCACCGCGAUUACGGCCCUCGUAGCGCCUCCUCUUCCUUGAUCACGACGUAGUAGACCCGUCCAAGAGUCGCGGACGCUCGACUGUGCGCGAUUAACGGGGGUACCAAGGUGUCGCACAGUAGCAGCUACAGCCAAUUUUUCCUACGAAUGGAUAAUCCAUAGCUACGUCGUACAACCGAGAGUUCCAGUGCUUUAACAUCGGCCGAGAGGACUAGACCGUCGACCAUAGUCCCAGCAGGAACAGUUGUCAUCGUACCGAAGAGAGCGGAAUAGCCGAGCGGAGUGAAGGAGUAUUUACGUAGAAAAGAAAAGAAAAAAUAUAUAUAGUGUGAGACAAGGGGGACUAGAGGGGGAUAGUUAGAAAGAAAAAAAAAGGGAAAAAGAAGGAAAUAGAAGAGAGAGAGAGAGAGAGAGACACACAGUGAAGAUGGGGUACGGUUUAGCAGUGUCUUUGACAGUCGUGAUGCUGCAUUCGUCCAUGCUGCGUGCUCAUCGCGAGCAUAAGGUGCACAAUAUUGUUCUCUACCCGGAUAAGCACAGCUGGUGCAAGACAACCCCCAUCAAGCAGGUGGUAACCUGGCCUCAGUGUUCCUCGCAGGAGUUGGAUAACAACGUGUGCGUAGGAGCAUGUUUCUCGUAUAUGGUACCCCAUAGCGAGCCUUCAGCUCCGGGUGACCUAAUUCGGCCCUAUUGCGACUCGUGUCAGCCAUUGGAUAGCGUCUGGCACACGGUUACCCUGGACUGUAAGGACGAGGAGAACAAUCCGAUAACCAUGCAGAAGAAGGUGCAGAUCAUCACUAAUUGUUCCUGUAGCUCCUGCAUGGAAACGUCACGUAUCAAACCGGAUUACAAUACUUUGCUUCAAUCACUGGCUCAAGAAAAUCUCGAUAAAAAUGUCAACACUGUACACGAGACACCGGAUUUAUUAUUGAAUCCGAAUCUGAACACCUCGAACAAUACGACUGGAGAUGGCAUCUUUGCAGGUGAGAGGUUUGUGCAGCUGGUCAAGGAGUUCAAGAGCUCGGAAAAACUGGUGAAACCUGAGGUCAAGGAGUUAUUCUCGAAGCUGGAGGAAGAGAUUGAUCUUGAUAAGUUUAAAGAUGUUUUGCGUGAUAUAUACGUGCAGGAGGAGGUCGAAAGUCAUAAACAGCAUCACGAAGCACUCCUGCAUCGUGGACCGCAUCAUUCUAUGGUACUGGAUUCUGGGGUUAAGGAAAAGAUCGACGUAGAGCCACAUUAUCUUCAUCCUGCGGUGGCGGGACAGGAAAUUAGUUAUAACGAUAAUAUACUUGUUGAUAAAGAUAAGAAAAAGGGCUUUUAAGGAAAUCGCCAUAGACUUUGAAAAACUUGUACGAAGGGACUUCCGUGCGGACGUUAAACGCGAGUCUCGAUUAUUUGACGCUGGACGCCAAAAAUGGCAGGAAUCUUCGGUUAAACAUUGACGAUGUCGUUUAUGAUCACGUUAUAUGUCCCUAGAUCUGAGAAUUAAUGGGUAUAGAGGUUUGAGGAUCGAGCACAAGAUGGCCGACGGUGCGAAAAUCAGCGCGGGAAAAUUUCAUUAUAUGAAUGUAAACUCUUUGGCGCAUCACGAAUUGACGUCGCGCACCGUAGGAAUGUCAGCGUUCUCUUAAACUAAUCUAUUAUUCGAUGUUCGAUGAGAAAUUAUAUUGUCGGAGAGCAACAAGAUAAUGGGAGAGCGAGAGAAUUUGAGAGAAACACAAGUAAAGGGAGGUACGAAUGAAUAAUGAUAAAAAGUGCCGAAAUGAACAAAAAAAAAUGAUACGAAUUCACAGUGCGAACAAGUAUUUGAAAACUGGCUCGCGCGAAUGAAAGAAAGAGAGAGAGAAAUUUUAAUAUAUUUAAUAAUUAUUAUAUUAAUUAUUUAACAAUAUAUUUCUAAGCCCUUGUUUUCCCCACUCUUUGUAUUUGUAAUUUAUAUGAAUAUACGAACACGUGUAACCAACUUA